AUGUCAUCUGAUAUGGACAAGAGUUGGAUGAAUUGUGCCCGUAAGUCCAGAGAAUACAUAGAAGGUGUCAGGACAUUUAUAAUGUUUUUCAAGAAUAAUGGUGGUGAGAGUACGUUGUUCUCAUGCCCUUGUAAACGUUGUAUCAACUGUAACGGUUUAGUACCACUUGGUGAGAUUUCCUUACAUUUGCUCAAACAUGGGAUUCAAUCUUCGAAUACAAUGUGGCGUUUUCAUGGUGAAAGAUCUGUGGUAAAGGCACAUAGGGGUAAUACUUCAGCAGAAGGUGUGGAUGUCAAUGUAGAAGAUGCAGCUGACAAUUUUGAACAUGUAGUUGAUCCCUCAGUUAAUCCUACUACAACAAAUGGUGCAAAUGAGAAUGUUGGAGAAGGUGUUGGUGUGAAUGUCGGAGAUAGAGUAGAUGAGAAUGCUGGAACUAGCAGGAGUAAGAGAAGACAAUAUCUGUAUGAGCGUGCAAGACAACCGUUGUACGAUUUAUGUCCUAAAGGAAAAACAACUCUGUGUGCUUCUAUAUGUCUGAAUAACAUCAAGACCCAGUUUGGAAUUUCAGACAACGGUGCAACCGCAGUCUUAAAAUUGAUGAAAGAGUUGCUUCUUGAAGGAAACACGUUGCGGUGUAAUUUUUUUGAAGUUAAGAAGAUGAUUCAAGAACUGGGUAUGGAUUAUAUAACAUAUGAUGCGUGCGUAAAUGACUGCAUCUUAUACUGGAAGGAUAGAAGUACAUUGGUGAAGUGUCAUGUUUGUCAAGAACCAAGGUAUAUAAAAGUCUUCAAUGAUGAGAGGAAACUUACCCAAGUCGCGCAAAAGACAUUAAGACAUUUUACGAUAAUUGAAAGGCUGAGAAGGUUUUACAGUGUACCAUGGAUAGCAGAGGCAAUUCUUUGGCAUUCUAAAGCGCAUUCAGAUAUGAAUGUGAUGCGACAUCCAGUUGAUUCUGCAGCUUGGCGGUGUGCGGAUACGUUUUCUCCAUAG